ACGCGAACGCGGCUGUCGCUUAGGUGUGAAUGCAGCCUUAGUAUAUAAAAGGACGGGGACAACCUGGAGGACACACUUAUCUCCGACUCACAAUGGUGUCCACCACAGGUCUACUCCUCGUCACUGCGCUCUGCGUGGGUUCAGCUUUAUCACUACAAUGUUACACCUGCAGUGGCCAGAGCAGCAACACGAACUGCAUGACUCCAACUACUUGCUCCGCCUCCGACACCAACUGCAAGACCUCCGUCGUUGCCGGAGGACUCGGUAGUCUUUCUGGUGCCAGCAUCACCAAGACUUGUACCGCCGUCUGCACAGAAACCGGAUUCAAUGCCGUUGUGGUCUCCACCAGCGUAUCCUGCUGUACCACCGAUCUCUGCAACACCAGUGGGGCUUCCAGCAUUAAAUCUACCUACACCAUGCUAGUUGUGGCCCUCGGGUUCCUAGGGGCCCUCAUGAGACAGCUGAAGUAAAGCUUGUGUA